AUGGGUGUAGGAAGGAGAAUUGGCAAGAAGCAGGGCGUGCCCGAGCCCCUGACCAACGCACAGUUCGCCAGGCUCAAGCGGAAAGCUGGCCUACCCGUCGACGACACCCCAGCCGAAGACGAUACCCCCAAGAAGAAGCGGAGACGGAGCGCCGGCAAGCAAGCGGACCAGAAGGAGGCAAAGAAUGGUGUAACGAAGAAGGGAGCUGCGGCGGCGGCGGUGAGCAAUGGCGCCGCGAAGAAGCUCAAGGGAAAAAGGGCGCCGCGCGGAGAUGAUGCGUCAGAUAUGUCUGUUGAUGCUCUGCCCGACGAUUUCCUAGGAUCCGACGACGAGGGAUCGUCCGUGUACGAUUCCGCAGAAGAGGAACUUGGUGGCGGUACCACCGGCAAGGGCGGCAAGCACGUCUUUUCCGAGGACGAGGAUUCCGAUUUUGAAGAGACGCUGACGGCGGCCAACAUUGAGGGUCUGUCGAGGAAGCUCGACGAGCAGGCGGCCCAGGAGGAGGCGGACGCACAGGCGGAUCUCCAAGAGUCUGCGCUGCAGACCAACAUAACGGGCGAGGGCGUGUUGGCGGACGAGGACGAGGACGAGGAGGGCGGCGCUGCCAAGCCCAAGGUGUUGCUGGCGCCGGAUCUACAGCUCCUGCGGACGCGCAUGACGGACAGCAUCCGCAUCCUGGAAAACUUUGGCGAGCUGUGCGAGGAAGGCCGCUCGCGCGCCGACUACACGGCGCAGCUGCUCAAGGACAUCUGCGACUACUACGGGUACUCCGAGUACCUGGCCGAGAAGCUCUUCAACCUCUUCACGCCGCGCGAGGCAUUCGAGUUCUUCGAGGCCAACGAAAAGGCCCGCCCCGUGGUCAUCCGCACCAACACGCUGCGCACCCAGCGCCGCGACCUCGCCCAGGCCCUCAUCAACCGCGGCGUCACCCUCGAGCCCGUGGGCAAGUGGUCCAAGGUCGGCCUGCAAAUCUUUGACAGCAACGUGCCCAUCGGCGCGACGCCCGAGUACGUGGCGGGCCAGUAUAUCUUGCAGGCGGCCUCUUCUUUCCUGCCCGUCAUGGCGCUGUCCCCGCGAGGGCGAGCGCGUGCUCGACAUGGCCGCCGCCCCGGCGGCAAGUCGACGUACAUCGCCGCCAUCAUGAAGAACACGGGGCUCGUCGUCGCCAACGACCCCAACAAGGACCGCGCCAAGGCCCUCGUCGCCAACGUCUACCGCCUCGGCUGCCAAAACGUCGUCGUCAGCAACCACGACGCCCGCGAGUUCCCCAAGGCCCUCGGCAUCUCCUUUGACCGCAUCCUCCUCGACGCCCCCUGCUCCGGCACCGGCGUCAUCGCCAAGGACCCCAACGUCAAGACCAACAAGACCCAGCGCGAUUUCCUGCUCCUGCCCCACAUGCAGAAACAGCUCCUCCUCGCCGCCAUCGACUCGGUCCGCUUCGACGGGAAAGGCGAGGCCGGCGUCGUCGUCUACUCCACCUGCUCCGUCACCGUCGAGGAAAACGAGCAAGUCGUCCAGUACGCCCUCAACAAGCGGCCCAACGUCCGCCUCGUCGACACCGGCCUCACGUUUGGCCGCGAAGGGUUCACCAGCUACCGCGGCAAGCGUUUCGAUCCCACCAUGACCCUCACCCGCCGCUACUACCCCCACACCUACAACGUCGACGGCUUCUUCGUUGCCAAGCUCAAGAAGAUUGGCCCCGACGGCUCCGUUUCCAAGAAAUCGUCCGCCGCCGACGGCGAGCCCAUGGAGGUCGACAGGACCCCCAUCACCGACGACGAGGCUGGCAAGAGCAGCGCCGACGACUUUGGCGGCUUCGACGACGACGCUGAUAAGGCGUACAUGGACAAGGGUCAGAAGAACGCUAUGCGCAGGAGGGGCCUCAACCCCAAGGCGCGCAAGGCCAAGGAGGCCAAGGAGGGUAAAGAGACUAAGGAGACUAAGGAGACUAAGGAGACCAAGCAGACCAAGGCGACCAAGGCAACCAAGGCGAAGAAAUGA